AUGGCAGAAGCUAAGGAGCAGGAGUUUGUUCAUGAAGUGUACAAUGAGAUCGCGUCGCAUUUCUCACAGACCAGAUACAAGCCCUGGCCUAUAGUGACCAAAUACCUCGAGAACCAGCAGACAGGAGGCAUAGGCAUCGACGUCGGGUGUGGCAAUGGGAAAUAUCUGGAUGUAAACCCUAAUGUGUUCAUGAUCGGCUCGGACCGGUCGUGGAGGCUUGUAGAACACGCACACGAGCGUAACACACAUUGUAACGUGCUGGUCGCAGACGGGCUGCACCUGCCACACCGCGACAACAGCUUCGACUUUGCCAUUUCCAUCGCUGUGGUACACCACUGGUCGACUCGUGAACGUCGUGUGGAGGCCAUCGCGCACAUUCUGAGCAAAGUGAAACCAGCGGGCACCGCUUUGAUCUACUGCUGGGCUCUGGAACAAGCAAGUUCGCGCAGAGGCUACCAAGCAGGCCAAGAACAAGAUGUCCUGGUACCGUGGGUGUUACAAGGGCCACACGCUAAGACGACGACGACGCCGUCAGCGCGAUCUAAGGCUCAGAAAACUAGGCCCAAGGGUCCGGACUUGACUCAUGUGCCGCCCCAGGAAAGAGCAGCAGUCGUUGCUCAAUGGAAACUCGAGCAGGAGGCAAACAGAGCAAAACAAGAACAAGAACAGCAAGAACAAGUACAAAGUACCACAACACUGCAAAAGGACCCCGAGAGCGAGCUCCAAAAUACCAAGUAUCGCUACUAUCAUUUAUACAAAGAGGGCGAGCUGGAAGAAGACUGUGCCAGUGCAGGAGGCCAAGUUAUCGAAGCGGGCUACGAAAGAGAUAAUUGGUAUGUCAUUGUACAGCGACAAUGA